CUCUCUCUCUCUCUCUCCUCUCUCUCUCUCUCUUUCUUUCUCAAAUGGGUUCGAGCAGCAGUCGACUGGGCUCGCGCCCAUCUCGGCCCCGAGUCAAUCGCACCGCUAGUCGUUCCAUACUCUCCUCUUUCGUCUGCGGUGGCUCCUCCGCAGGUGCUACUCAAGAGAUGGAAGAUCACGCAGCUGUGUGUCUUGUGAAAUGUGCAGAGCAAUGUGAUCGUGAUAUCAAUCAAGUCCAGAACUCCGGAGAGGGAACCUUGUUGGUCUCCAGUACUGGAUCACCGUUCACCCGCCCCGUUAUUGAAAUUGGAUCAUCAUCUGAGCACACUGUUGAAGAAGGUUUACGCGGUGUUGACACAAGUAACCGGGGGAAGUGCUUGUCCAAAAGUAAAGAACUAAUACCUCAUCAGGUAAGUGCUGAUUAUAGUCACGACCAAUCUUGUAUGGAUAAUAGUACUACAGCUAGUGCUUCGUUUAGACAACAACAAUCUUCAGAAACAGUCUCUUUGAAUCGUUCGGUUAAUGUGGAUGCAGUCAAUGGCAUUGACAAUCCAGCAGACAAGAAUGUAUCUCAGACCUGUCCCGAGGUUAUGUGUCCAAGUAGUUCAUCUCUACAAGGGAUGCAGAAUUCCCGUUCUCAGGAAGUGUCUGUUGAGAGUCAUGUGGCUGACGUAAGGGGUGUGCAAAGUUCUAAUGCUGAUACUGAUUCUGCUAAUGUUUCUGAAAUUCCAUCAUCUUUUGACUCACUUGGAAAUGAUUCUCUAAGGGAGGCAAUACCUUCUGGUUUAGGUUUCCUUGUGUCCAAUAGGGAACAAGGCCAGGAAGAUGGAAGUGUACUUCAUGUUGAUGUUAUGAGCAUUUCUUCCAACUUUUUGAGGAGUAGCAAUGGUGAUGCAAGUAAUCGUGAGGCUAGAAGGAAUGGCAGACGACUGUUCUGGGAUGCAUUUUCAAGGCGCAGCUCCAGGAGAUUCAUUGAUUCACCAACCAUUCUUUUCUCUACUGAUGAUACUGAGGAUAUGGGAUUUCAUGACAGAUGGCUACUUGGUUUGAGUGGUGAUUUAUUUGAUGAUGGGAUUGGAGCUGAUUCUGGUCACCGGGCCAGUAGAAUUCCCUACUCGAAUGAACGACGACGACAUUCUAGAUCUGAGGUCUGGGAAAGACUUCGUGUUGGCCUUGAUGAUAACGGCCAGCGUAAUACCUCUUGUCCCACAGGAAUCCACCCUCGUGGCAUGUGCUCAUGUGGCUCAUUCUCGACGACCGAAGAGUCUAGUACUCGGGGAAGUAUAUCAAGAAUUGUCAUGCUCGCUGAAGCUCUAUUUGAGGUUUUGGAUGAAAUUCACCGCCAACCUGUGUCACUUUCACUAUCGAUGGUCUCGGCUCCUGCCCCAGCAUCUGUUGUUGAUGGUUUUCCUCUUAAAAGUCACACAAAGGUUGACAAAUCAAAGUCCGGGGAUGAUGUUGAGCAGUGUUACAUAUGCCUCGCUGAGUAUGAGGAAGGAGACAACAUUCGAGUUCUUCCCUGCCAUCACGAGUAUCACAUGUCCUGCGUUGACAAGUGGCUCAAAGAGAUACACGGGGUUUGCCCACUUUGCCGAGGAGAUGUUCGUGAGGGUUUCACCGACUGUUCUGUCUCUAACUCAGAGAUAUCUUCUCUUUGAUUUAAUUGUACAUACUACACGGUAAUGUAAAUGGUUAAAGAUGGUUCUUUGCAUCUGCCAUGACAUGUAUUUUGUCCCCCAAUACUAACUUGUAUCUGAAUUUUUCCGAAAUCCAUGAUAUUGUAGCGUCUUCCACUCUCGAUGCGGAAUUGUAGUACUUAUAUAGUGAUUGAGAAAAUGAGAUAUUUAUGCAUCAAUGUGCAUGUAUACCAUCUUUGAUGUUUAUAUGCAGAGAACACAUUUGCA